AUGGUCAGAGGUUAUGGGCUAUCUGGUCUUGAAGGAGACCAUUUCCCACAUUCUACUGGGAAUGACGCAUCUGAAAAUACGGAGGGAUUAUCAAGGGAAGAGUUGGGCCGGCUUGUUGCUUCACGUUGGACAGGAGAAAAUACUGAAAAGCAAAGUGCUGAACCUGAUACUACAUUAGACAUUGAAGAUCAGGAAGAUCUUCCAAAGGGGACAAAUAAUGAUGAAUAUGAAGGCUAUGCUUCUGAAACAGAUGAUGAGAGCAACAAGUAUGACGAUAGCCACAAAUAUGAUGACAGUCACAAAUACGAUGAUGAAGAUGAUGUUGACGAAGAAUAUCAAGAGGACGAGCAUGACCAUAGUUCCUCCUACAAACCCGAUUCUGAUACUGAACCAGACUUGUCAGAUAAUCCUUCUUGGUUAGAGAAAAUACAGAAAACCGUACGAAAUAUUUUUCAGGCAGUUAACUUAUUCCAGGCUCCAGUGAAUCAGUCAGAUGCUGCUCGUGUACGCAAGGAAUAUGAUGAAUCAAGUGCCAAGUUGUCUAAAAUGCAGUCCAGAAUAUCAAGUCUGACGCAAAAGCUAAAAAAUGAUUUUGAACUUAAUAUUACAGGUCCAGCAAAGGAGUUUUAUACAUUCUAUGAUCAUUGCUUUGAGGGCAAGGAGAACAAGUACACUUACAAAGUCUGCCCCUAUAAACAGGCUUCUCAAGAGGAGGGAUAUUCCACCACCCGUUUGGGGCGCUGGGACAAAUUUGAGGAUUCAUACAAAGUAAUGGUGUUUUCGAAUGGUGAUAAAUGCUGGAAUGGUCCUGAUAGGAGUUUGAAGGUCAAGCUAAGAUGUGGUUUGAAAAAUGAGAUUACUGAUGUAGAUGAACCAAGCCGUUGCGAAUAUGUAGCUUUUUUAUCUACCCCGGCCCUUUGUCUAGAGGAAAAGCUGAAGGAGUUACAGCACAAGCUAGACUUGUUGAAUUCGGAACAACCAGCAAAGCAUGAUGAGUUGUGA